CUUGAGACCCCGCCGCGCUAUAGUGACUGUAGCCGUGGAGACAGUUACUUGCCAACGCGCGCAACACUCAGCAACAGCAGCAGCAGCAUCUGGAAGUCACCGAGUGAGUUGGAGAGAGGGAAAGAGAGCAGUUCCAGGGCAGAACUUUUCUCAAGGCAAAGCAUGCAGAACUCUGAGGCAGCGUCGGACACCCCCACUGGUGUGGCAACACUGCGGACAUCAUCAGCCCCGGCUCCUGUGGUACAGCCUGUCCCAGCCUCCCAGCAGAGGGUGCUGGUUCAAGCCACAGGCUCAGCUCAGAAAGGAGGACAAGUGUCAGUAUCCAGGGUACCCCAGCAGCAGGUGCAACAUGUCUACCCAUCCCAAGUACAAUAUGUAGGAGAAAGUGGAGAAGCUGUUUAUACCAAUGGAACUAUCCGAACAGCCUACUCCUACAACCCUGACUCUCAGCUGUACGGACAAAGCAGCGGCGGGACCUACUUUGAUUCUCAGGCAGGUGGAACCCACGUCACCACGGUGGUCUCCUCCGCCAGCAGUGGCGUGCCCCCUCAUGGCAUGGUGGGUAUUGCCAUGGACGUGGGCAGCAGCCACAUCAUUUCCAGUGGCAGCACCUACCUUCUCCACAGCGGUGGAAUGGAAGGAAACCGCAACCAUAUCUCACACUCAUCUCGCUCCUCCUCAGCCAUGCUUGAAAUGGCGAUUGAAAACCUCCAAAAGUCUGAAGGAAUUGCGAGUCACAAAAGCAGCCUGCUCAACAGCCAUCUUCAGUGGCUGCUGGACAACUAUGAGACGGCGGAGGGAGUCAGCCUGCCUCGGUGUUCCCUGUAUAACCAUUACCUAAGGCACUGUCAGGAACAGAAACUGGAUCCAGUCAACGCAGCAUCCUUUGGGAAACUUAUCCGCUCGGUCUUUAUGGGCCUAAGGACGCGGCGACUCGGCACCAGAGGCAACUCCAAAUAUCAUUACUAUGGCAUCCGGGUGAAACCAGACUCUCCACUGAAUCGGCUGCAGGAGGACACCCAGUACAUGGCAAUGAGGCAGCAGCCUGUGCACCAGAAACAGAGGUUUAAGCCUCUGCAGAAGGUGGAUAGCAUGUCUGACAGCCUGUGUGGGAGCUCCCAGCACUGCAGCAGCACUCCAGAGCAGUCGGUGGCUGCUCAAAGCCAACACCACCAGCAGUACAUCGAUACGUCUCACUCCUUACCUCCGUUUCCAUCUCCGGACCUGGGCACGCAGCCUCUUCCUGAGCGCAUGAGCAUGAGUGAUAUUAAGAAGCUGCAAACACUCUACAGAGGCCACUGUGAGGCUACUUUGGAUGUGGUGAUGAAUCUCCAUUUCCAUUAUGUUGAGAAUCUCUGGCAGACCUUUUGGAAUUCACCACCGCCAUCUAGUGACGGUAGCACAACCAUCUCCAACAGCGACGAUGACCUGGAACGUGUGAUUCCCAGAGAGAAGCUGGUAGCUCUGUGUAAAUAUGAACCAGUCAGGGUUUGGAUGAGGAGCUGUGAUCACAUCCUGUACCAGGCCCUGGUGGAGAUCCUCAUCCCUGAUGUGCUGCGUCCUGUUCCCAGCACUCUCACCCAGGCUAUCAGAAACUUUGCCAAGAGUCUGGAGGGUUGGCUGACGACCGCCAUGACCAGCUUCCCACAAGACGUUGUUCGCACUAAGGUGGCAGUGGUCAGUGCAUUCGCUCAGACUCUGAGGCGAUACACCAGUCUGAACCACCUGGCCCAGGCAGCUCGUGCCGUUCUGCAGAACACCUCCCAGAUAAACCAGAUGCUCUCUGACCUCAACAGGGUGGACUUUGCCAACGUCCAGGAGCAGGCGUCGUGGGUCUGUCAGUGUGACGAAAGCGUGGUCCAGCGUCUGGAGCAAGACUUUAAGGUCACCCUGCAGCAGCAGAGCUCUCUGGACCAGUGGGCUACUUGGCUGGAUAAUGUGGUGUCUCAGGUCCUGAAACCUCACCAGGGGAGCCCCAGCUUCCCCAAAGCUGCCCGCCAGUUCCUGCUCAAAUGGUCGUUCUACAGCUCAAUGGUGAUCAGAGAUCUAACCCUACGCAGUGCUGCCAGUUUUGGCUCCUUUCAUCUGAUCCGCCUGCUGUAUGACGAGUACAUGUUCUACCUGGUGGAGCACCGCGUUGCUCAGGCCACUGGAGAAACUCCCAUAGCUGUGAUGGGAGAGUUCAGUGACCUGAGCUCUAUGAUGCCAUCUCUUAUGGAAAAGGAUGCAUCCUUCUCGGAUGAGAUGAGUAAUUUGGGCAGCGACGCCGACGUGUCCAGCGGUCCGGCUGAGCCGGCGGUGAAGAGGGAGAGGAUUGAAAUAAGCCACCCUCUGCAGGAAAUGUGAGUCCAGUCUGAACGGGAGCGGACUGAAAGCAGCAGAAACCAGGCUACUUCAGAGCUGGUGGGGAUGCAGGGAUUUCUUCUUCCUGCAGUAAGUGUGCAAUGUAAAUAGAGAAAAGUGCAGAAGCAUGGCCUCUCCCCAUAGUGAUGUUUAUAAAGGUGGUGAAACCCGCACCCCCCACACACACGUUUUAUUCUUUUUCAUUUCACAAGUGUAACAGAUCUUGUUUUCUGUUUUUGUUGAACUGUGAAUUAUUUCUGUGCAGUAGCUUCUCAUAUUGGAUGUAUCAUUUUGAGUGGUGGUGUUUGUGGUUCAUCUUCGUUCCCGUUUUAUUUUCCGAAUUUGAGUUAGUUGUGCCAUAGUGUCCUUUGAGUGCCUUAGAUUAACUUUGAAAUCACUGCUACAGAUGUCAAUGCGUCCCUCAGCUGUGCCUCAACCGCAGUAUGAAUGUAUCGUCUUCAAACCUCAAACUCUCAGAGCACCUUCAACUCCUGGUUUGGUUGUAGUUGUUGUGCUCUCCCUGUUGCCUCUGCUGCACCUCGUAGCGAUCACAUGACAAACAGGUCAGAGGAAGUACGAACCCAAAGGACUUUCCCUUUUGUUGUUCCCACCAGCUCAGCCGAGGGUCGUCUCUGUUUGGAGCAGCAGGAACUCGGCUCGUAGGAUUUUUACCUCAAUAUUUCUACGCUCUGCUCUUUGGCUAAAUUACACAUCAUAAGUAUUUUUAAAAAUUACAUACUAUUUAACUUAUCUUAACAAAGCUCACAGAUCACCUGUUCGAAUAUACAGAGUCUUGCAAACGUUUUGAAAUCCUGAACUUCUUGACAGUUGGAUGCGUUGCAUGUGACUCAAAGUCGUGCGUAAUGGUGAAGUGGGGAGAAUCUGAAAUCUGGCUAUAUGUGCAUUCAGUCCCCGAGUUAACGGGUAUCCCUCAACCAGUGUUGCACAUCCACACACACAACUCUGCCCAUUCAUCUUUGUGAAAUAGCUCAAGCUCAGUCUGGUAACAUUCAGUUUCAAGUCCACAUUCUCAUUCGGACCACAAAUAUGCUUUGAUCUAAAACCAUUCCUGUAUAGUUCUGGCUGCAUGUUUGGGUUUUCCCUGCUGAAAGGAGAACCACGGUACCCGUCUGAAGUCAUCUGCAGCCUCUGAUGGGUUUUCUUUCACAAUUGCCCAAUAUUUAACUUAAUCUAUCAACAUUGACCAGCUUCCCAGUUCUCACUGAAUCCCCACAGCAUGAUGCUACCAUCGCCAUGUUUUAUCAUGGGAAGGCGUGUUCUGGGUGGGGUGCAGAGUUAUGUUUCUGCCACACCGUUGCUCUUUCUCCCUCACGGCAUGUGGCAAAUAAGGACUUUUGGCAAAUCUUUCAUAAAGGCCGGACUUGUGGGUUAUGAUCCAACUAAUAGUCAACAGAUCCUUCCCCCUGAGCUCUGGUCUUGUGCAGUUCCUCCAGAGUUACCGUGAGCCUCUUGGCUGCUUCACUGGUGAAUGCUCACGUCAUGGUACUUGUAUUUUCAGAUGAUUGAGCUUUAGGACCUAAACUUGAUUUAAACUUCUCCAUAACUUCCUCCCUGCUGUGUUCCUCAGUCCUCAUGAUGCUGUUUGGUCUCUAAGGAACCCGAGGUCUUCACAGAACAGCUGGAUUACACACAGCUUGACACUAUUUACUAAAAGGUAAUUGGUUGCACUGGACCUUAUUUAUGGACAUACAGGUAAAGGGGGCUGAAUGCAAAUGCAUGCUGAACUUUUCAGAUUUUUAUUUGUAGAAAAUUCAAAAAAAGUAAAAAGCGUGUAUGAACCUUUGCACAUGGAAAAGCAUAGAUUUUAAGAGUUGUGAAUACUUUUGCAAGGGACUGUAUGUUUAGAGCUGAAAUAUCUUCCUCAGUCAGUCUGGAGUUGGAGAUAUUCCAGAUUAAUCAACAGAAUGGAGGCUGGAAACGAUCCAUGUUGCAGCUUUGGACCUGUAAGCCAGAACCUUUAACACACAAAGUGGAGCUGAGCCUUUUAGAUCCUUUAACCUCAUGCUGGUUCUGACUGAAUGUCUUACAUUCUGUUUGAAUGAAUGAGGAAAAUACAGCAUGCUAUCUGGGCAGGUUUAAUAAUACAAAGAUAAACCCGAUAUAUGACGUAGAAGGUGCUGACCGCUCUGAUCACUUGCUUGUGGUCACACAAAGAAAUGUUUUGAUGUGUGAGAAAUCUGGUGUUAAAUGUGUGAAAUUCAGUUUAUUACUGCGUGCAGCUGCCCCAGUAAACCAAGGUGUCUGGAAAAAAAAAAAAAAGAUCCUAUUUAUGAGCUAAUCUGAAUUGAUGGAUUUCUGUGUUGAAAUUAAAUUUUUUCCCUCAGAUGAUUUUGUUGUAGCAACGAGAGUCUUAAGUUAUUUAAGGCUUUUAGUAACUCGUGCCUGUCACAGUAAUUUGCCUUAAAGUGCUUUUGGAGGAAAAUUAUUUCUAUGUGUACUUUGUAACGUUUUGUAAAGCUGUUUUAGAUUAUUUUUUAUUGAACUAGUUUCUUCUCACAAGUAUACUGAACUUAUUUUUGGUGUAUUUUUAAAGCUGUUCUUGACUACACUUCAACUGGCUGAAGGACAGAUGAUUGUCUGUAAUAAACUGCAUAGCUCCACUGUAUUUUGUACUUGGUCACAAUGUGUAAUAAACUGUUGUAAACCCAAA